CCUCUCUCUCUCACUCUCGUUAUCCCCCACUUUCUCUCUCUACAUUUCUACUGCUAUACAUACAGAAACAAAGUAGAGUAUAUAUAGAGGCUUGGCCUAGGGUUUAUCGGGGAGAGAAAGAGGAGUUAGAAAUGGGGCAGCAGUCAUUGAUCUACAGCUUCGUCGCGCGUGGGACGGUGAUCCUCGCCGAGUACACCGAGUUCACUGGGAAUUUCACCGGAAUCGCUGCGCAGUGCCUCCAGAAAUUGCCUGCCACCAACAACAAGUUCACCUACAACUGCGACGGUCACACCUUCAAUUACCUUGUCGAGGAUGGAUUUACAUAUUGUGUUGUGGCUGUUGAAUCUGUUGGAAGACAAAUUCCUAUUGCGUUUCUUGAGCGAGUUAAGGAGGAUUUUACUAAGAAAUAUGGUGGAGGCAAGGCUGCUACGGCUGUUGCCAAUAGCCUGAAUAGAGAGUUUGGGCCCAAAUUGAAGGAGCAAAUGCAGUACUGCGUGGAUCAUCCAGAGGAGAUCAGCAAGCUGGCAAAAGUGAAAGCUCAGGUUUCAGAGGUCAAAGGGGUGAUGAUGGAAAACAUUGAAAAGGUACUUGACCGUGGAGAAAAGAUUGAACUUUUGGUAGAUAAAACUGAAAAUCUUCGCUCUCAGGCACAAGAUUUUAGGACGCAAGGAACCAAGAUGAGGAGAAAGAUGUGGUUACAGAAUAUGAAGAUAAAGCUGAUUGUCCUUGGCAUUAUCAUUGCCCUGAUCCUUAUCAUAGUUUUAUCAGUCUGUGGUGGAUUCAAAUGUCACUAGAUUGUUUGCAUAUGUUUGUCCUUAUAGGACGCCCACCCCCAUGUUGCUUCAUCAUUUGAUUAGCUGUUAUUUCCCCUAAAAUUUUUUGGUGACUUUAUUUUGCCCUUUUGUUUUGAUCUGUAUUUUGUGAGACUAUGCUUGUAUAGUUUGUACUUCUGGAUCCUCUGAAUAUAUUAGUAAAAGAGUCAUAGAUCUGGGAAUGAAAUGUGAGAUGCUGUGCCGACGAUGUCGCACAUUUAAGAUUUA